AUGGGUAAACGCAAGAAGUCAUCCCGUACACCUCAAGGGCCCCGAAAGCGGGAACCCCUCGCGACUACUUUCCCCUGUUUAUUCUGCAACCAUGAAAACUCCGUCGUCGUCAAGAUCGAGAAGAAACUCGCCAUAGGUAACCUAUCUUGUAAAGUUUGCGGACAGAAGUUCCAGACCGGCAUCAACUAUCUUUCCGCCGCCGUCGAUGUUUAUUCGGAAUGGGUGGACGCGUGCGACGCAGUUGCCAAAGAUACAGCGAACCAGGAUGAUGGGGCGGUUGGCUCACACGCACCCAGCAGCAAACAAGGGCCGGCAGCGAUACAAGAUGAUUUUGAGGAGGAGGAUGAUUAUUGA